CGCGGGGAGCGCAGUGCCGGUCCGGUCCGCCGACCAGCAGCUCGGCGCGGCGUGAGGCCCGUGAAAGUGAGCCACGGCGCGGCGGUACGGGCCGGCGGCGCCCGGUUACCGCGGAGCCCGUCCGCGCCGCUCCCCAGUGGAGUCGGCGCGCCGAGCACCUGUCGCCUCGGGCGGGGAGCGCGCCGAGCCCCGUGUGCCCGACAGAGCCCCAGUGAGCAGCAGCAGCCGGGCGCGGCGGCUCGCUGAUUGACCCGCUCGCCGCCGCCGGACGCGAUGUGAGGUGCAGUGGCCGUGCUUUCCGCGGUGACAGUGACAGUGACAGCGGCGCUACAUCGGCGGAUAGCGGUGACGGGCGAGAGGUGCCAUGUGUGAGAGGUGAGCGCGGGUCCGCCGGAGCCGAGCGUCCCUUCCGUGUCCGUCCGGCCGAGCCGAGCCAUGCCGCGGGCACCGUGGACCGCCUGGGAACGACUGAGACACUCCCGGAAAUACGACGACCCGGUGGAGCUGCAAACCAUGAUUGGCGACGACCGGCCGUCCGGACGGUGAGCGGCGCCGCGGCACACACGGACAUGGCGCGCCAGCCACUCAGCGUGGACGACCCGGUGCUGGGCGCGUCGGCGGCGCAGCAGAUGGCCGCAUCGUGCACGGGCGCCGUCCUCACCAGCGUCACCAUGACGCCGCUCGACGUCGUCAAGAUCCGCAUGCAGGCGCAGCAGCGGGCGCGCUCGGCGCAGCGCUGCUUCCUCUACUGUAACGGCCUCAUGGACCACCUGUGCAUCUGUGUGAACGGUCAGAGCGGCGGCGCGGCGUCCGGGUGCGGCCCGGCGGCCGCCUGCCGCGCCGCCGAGCCGGCCGCCACCAGCUGGUACCGCCGGCCGUGCCCGCCCGUCUACACGGGCUCGGUGGACGCGGCGCUGCAGAUCGCGCGCGCCGAGGGCGUCCGCUCGCUGUGGAGCGGCCUCUCGCCCACGCUGGUGUCGGCCAUCCCGUCGACGGUGGUGUACUUCGCCACGUACGACCAGAGCCGGCAGUACCUGCGCGCCCGGUUCGGUUCGGCCGCCUCGCCGCAGCCGGCCUGGGUGCCCAUGGUGGCCGGCGCGGCGGCGCGCGUCUGGGCCAGCACGCUGGUGGCGCCGCUCGAGCUGGUGCGCACGCGCAUGCAGGCGCAGCGGAUGCGCUACACGGAGUUGGGCGGCGCGGUGCGCGUGCUGCUGCGCGAGGAGGGUGUGCGCGGCCUCUGGAAGGGCCUGACGCCCACGCUGAUCCGCGACGUGCCCUUCUCGGCCGUCUACUGGGCCGGCUACGAGGGUCUGAAGCUGGCCGCCGGCCAGCAGACGCCGUCGGCGCUGUUCAGCUUCGCGGCCGGCUCGGCGGCCGGCACGGUGGCCGCCGUCGUCACGCUGCCGUUCGACGUGGUCAAGACGCACUGGCAGAUCGAGUUCGGCCAGCGGCUGGGCGCGCCGGACUCGGGCGGCGGCCGGCCACCGCGGCCGGGCGGUGUGCUCGCCUCCCUGCGCGAGAUCCACGGGCGCGCCGGCGUGCCGGGCCUGUUCGCCGGACUGGUGCCGCGCGUGGUCAAGGUGGCGCCCGCCUGCGCCAUCAUGAUCACCACCUACGAGGGCGGCAAGGCCUUCUUCCUCAGACGGAACGAGCGGCGUGCGCGGGAGCGGGAGGCCGCCGAGGCGCCGGUGUGAUACUGGGCGGUCCGGGAACGGUCUGCGGUGUGAUAGUCGGUGGUCCGGGAACGGUCUGCGGUGUGAUAGUCGGUGGUCCGGGAACGGUCUGCGGUGUGAUAGUCGGUGGUCCGGGAACGGUCUGCGGUGUGAUAGUCGGUGGUCCGGGAACGGUCUGCGGUGUGAUAGUCGGUGGUCCGGGAACGGUAUGCGGUGUGAUAGUCGGUGGUCCGGGAACGGUCUGCGGUGUGAUAGUCGGCGGUCCGGGAACGGUCUGCGGUGCGAUAGUCGGUGGUCCGGGAACGGUCUGCGGUGUGCUGUUGGCUCCCGGAAGUGGAGUCGGUCUCUCAGUGGUAUGGAGGGCGGUCAGUCGGCGGUGUGGACUGUGGAGGACUGUCACUCAAUAGUGUGAGGACGGUCACUCAGUAGUGUGAGAAUGGUCACUCAGUGAUGUGAGGACGGCCACUCACUAGUGUGGACAGUCAGCCGGCGGUGUGAGGACGGUCACUCACUAGUGUGGAGGACAGUCAGUCGAUGGUGUGAGGACGGUCACCCAGCAGUGUCAGGAGUCGGCGUCGUGGGAUGGUGCCGCCGCUCCGGAGAGUCCCACGAGCCGACCGCCAGCCGUGGCGACUGGUUACGGACAGACUGCCCGGCAGGGUCGGCCCGCGCGCCGCGUCUCGCUAGCUGUCCCUGUGGGAGGGACCGUAUUGAGUGGCGUCUAUCCCCAGGGGACCGGACGCAGUAGUGUGUUGUCCACUGAAGGACUGUCUCCCUGUGGAUGGGCUGUACUCGUUGGCGGGCCGUAGGGGACUGGUGCGGGACGUUUGUCCCUGUGGGACCGAGUGCAGUGUACUGGUGUCCGUCAUAGAGCGUGGCCGGUGCUCAGUGGGCGGCUCUGUGGACAGGUGUAUGACGUUAAUCUGUGAUCCACUGCUGGCGAGCUGACGCAGUCGAAUUUUUACACCCUAGUUUGUUACUAUUCAGGAAGGAAAGUGAUCAUGGUAAUGCUUGUUAGAGUUCCUGAUAUUAGCUGGAAACGCCAUAAGACUGAUGACCGUGCUCAGUUUAUGUCAUUAUUUUACUCAAUAUGCAAUAUAAGCCAUGAUAGUGAACACAUCUGA